AUGGGCGACAGUUCAGUCGCGCGAUAUUCGAGACCGGCUAGUCACUUCUCGAACGUUCAGCCGCGCGAUAUUCGAGACCGGCUAGUCACUUCUCGAACCGAAAUCGGUUGGCCAACUUCCCACUUUCGCGGUCCACACGACUCUUGCGUCCCGAUCGUAUCCGCUGCUCUCUCUUCUGGCGCUGAUGCUGACGCUUUUCUGUCAACGUCUGCUUUCCAGUUCACCAUUCGGACAACCUCGAUGAUGAGCAGACAUCCUCUUUCAGGUGUCGGGCCGAUUCGACUGUCGCUUCAAGGGCUCCUUCAUUCACUCGUAAACGGCCACUUUCUCUUGCACAACAUGACUCAUCGAAACAUUGUCACCCCUCCCUUCUCUCAUUUGGGCCCGGACACUGUUCAGCCUCCCUCCACUUCCUUUCGUUAUUUCUCUAUUCUCGUUUGCUCCAACAACUGCAAAGCCGGUUGUUACCGCCUACUUGGAAGAAUCGUUUUGUCGCUGUUUGCAUGCCGUUUCCUCAUGCCUAUUGCUGGUGUAAUUGACCGAAAUUCCGCUCUACCUGAAACUAAUCUAAUCCGCACCCGCGUACUGGGAUAUCUGAGCAUAUAG